ACCCCGAGUUGCGCCGCCAUCCCCCUUUUCAGCGAACGAGAGCGCCGGCCCGAAACUCUUCGGUGGCGAGUCAAGCUCCGACACGGUUCAGCCGAGUUCAGUCGCGCCAUUCGGCCGUGCUUGUUCACGUGUCGGCCCCGUGUGCAUUUCCGUGUCCCGUGUUUCCGUGGCCCCUCCAAAGGAAAGAAAAAAAGGGGAGGAGAGAGAGAGAGAGAGGAGGGGAGCAAGUGGAAAGGAAGUGGAUUCCCGCGCUCGAUGGUUCCGAUCGGAGAGGCCCGCCACGAUCGACGCAAGGAUGCCUAACGAGAACGCGCCAGUGUGCGGGUGCGGGGUGGUGGUCGAUCUGCCGAAAUCGCGAAAUGGCGCGCUGUCCUCGAGGCGGCUCACGAUCAGAAUACCCAAGUCGAAGGGUGGCAAGUCGGACGGGCGGGCUGGCAAGAAGCAGCAGGACGACGCUCGUGGGAAGAGCAGAAGUUCGGAAACGGGAAGUUGCAGCUCGGUGACGGAGCAAGCGAGACCGGUUACGAAAAGCAGCAAACACGAGAAGCGUUUGAAUCACUCGAGGAGGACCCGAAGCGCGGACAGGGCGGAGUCGCACUACACUUACAUAGAGUCCGGCUCGAGCAUUCUUGGCGGUGGAAUAAGGGAGAACGCUAUACCGGAGGCGUUGUACGCCACCAUCCCGGACACGGCGAACGCGGCCGCCAACGAGACCGGAAAUGGUCAAUUGAACGCGCAAAGUAGGCCGGUUUACGCCAUCCCCUCCAUGGUGUCGCCACCGCCCACGUACGACGUGGCCAUCUCGAAAACGUGGCAGACCGGUCUCCCGCCCACCUACGAGGAAUACUUGUGCCACAAGUACGCCAUGAUCUCCCGUUCCCACACACCGCCGCCUCCGUGGUCGGACUCGACGUCGACCGCCACGACGACACCCACCGCGCCCUCGGUUCAAACGCGUCGCGAGUUGUUGGCAAGUCAGCCAGAGCUUAGGGAAUACCUGGCUCAAUUGUCGCUCUCCCAGAACAACGACAGGCCGGCCGGCCACCACCACCACCACCACCACCAGGGGACCCCAGUGCUCAGAGACAGCAGCUAUCUCUCGAAUCAGCAAGCCUCGAGGGAACAAGCGAGGAUGCAGCAACGUCCACGGGCCAUGCCACCCAGAUCCCAGAGCGAGAGCCGCGUGCAACAGCAGAGAAUCGCGACCAUGUACGAGGACGGCGCGUUCUGCAUGGAAACGACCGCGCUGCAAUCGGCGUUCGAGAAUGGGAUAGCCUUGUGCAGCCUCAUGUAAUCAGCAAGACUUAUCAAUAUUCCAGAGAACGCGGGAGGGGGAGGAAGGAUGAUCCCAGAAAUCUUUUUUUUUUCCCCCUCGUUUAUUCGAAGAAGAAGAAUUUCAUCGUGGACGCAACGAAGCGAAACUCGAUGUCAAAGUUCCCCUCCCUUUCUUCUUAACCUCUUCUUAUCUUCUUAUCUUUAUCUUGAUCGAUGGAAUCGAAAAAGUUUGUGAUCGAUUAAUUAAUUAGGGAUUUGGGCGAAUUUUUCAAGGUGCUGUUUCGGAGGAGUAGAUGAACUUGCGAACGAUUCUUUUAAUAUAGACUGGGAUAAAUAAUCGAUGGAAAUGGAACAAUAUCGAUUAAAUUAAACGUCUCUCCCUUGGCUUUCUUCUAGUUUUAUUUAUUAAGAGUUUCUUGAGCAAAGAACUCCAUCUCCAAUCAUCUUAUCUCUAUAUGCAUAUAUGCAGCUUCUCCUUCGAAAUUCUUUUUCCACGAAAUUCUUUUUCGAGCAGUUAUAGGCAUUGUUCUCUUGAACGUUGGUAUCGAACGGCAGUUCCAUUCACGGAUCGCAAGUAGCACGACGGAAUGUUUGAGGAUAUGAUAUUUGACGACUCGUCUUCAUUCCGUAUAGAAACGAAAUAUUUCGCCAUUGCCUUCGCCCUUUCUGCUUGAUUCAAGGAGAAUAAAUUGAAGCUUGAAGAUUCUGAAUUUAAUCUUGUCGCAAGCCAUAUGAUAUUUCGUUUCUUUAUUUUUCAAAUAAAUACGAAAUAUCUUCAUUAUUACAUUUAUACUCGUUUUAUCGAGUAAAAAUUGAUUGGAGGAUCUUCUUGUACGAUUGUCUGAUAACGCAACUCUAAGUUUGAUCAGGAGUUGAACGAGAGGCGGAGAAAGAUUCGUAAUAAUGCAGGCCUAAUCGAUAGAAUUCUAUUUUUUCUACAACUUUAUUGCGUUUCCACCAAUGUCUCCAGAUUUUUUCGUACGAAUUUUAUUCCGAUUCGAACUUCUUCUAUUAGAUCAUCAUCCAAUGAUGUUUGUACCAAUGCAAAUUGUUUAUGCAAUUAUGAUUUCGCAUUAGAUAUUUAGAACGACACGUCAAUUGUAAAUGGAUUUUUGUAUACUAGUUUCCACGGUGUCUGAUAAUUCACGAGAGAAAUAGAGUUAGAGAGAUUUUAUAGAGAUAAUUAAGAUCUUAGAAUGGUAAUUUCAAAUAUUAUUUUUGACUUUUUUUCUCUCUCUUAUUUCGAAUCGAAAAAAAAACUUCUCGAUUCCAUUCAAAAGGGACAUCUCGUAUUUAUAAUUUAUAGCCAGUGAUCAUCGCUUCUAUUCAUUCGAAGAUCGAGAGCGUUCCCAUCAGACACGAUUUUUAUUUCCUUACGCAUGAAAGCGUACGAUACUCUUGCAAUUGCGAGGGAAAUCGUGGAAGCCGAUUCAAUCGAAACAUCGAAGAAAUAACUUGUAUCUCCUCGACGUACCGUUUCGAAAUGGAAUUCAAUCUGGUUUCCAUCUACACUGUUUUAUCGAUAAACGAGAGGAAAACAUUGUGCUCGGUACAUACAACUAUGUACCAUCGAUUCCCGAUAAGUUUUCGUUUCCAACGUUCAAUUUUUCUCUUCUUUCAAUUGGUAAAAAAAAAGAAUCGAUCUCGUUUUUCCAAUUUUGAAAAAUUUCAUUUCCAUAUUCCUCGAUAUUCGUGGAUCGUCACAGUUAUCGUAAUUCAAAGAUGUUUAAAACGAGAGAACAUUACAAAUUUCUAUAUAUAGAGAGACGUGUUCUUUUGUGCAUACAAUACACUCGUGUAAUAAUCGUAAACGUUAAUGAGGACGUGUCUUUGGUUCUCACGUUUAAUUUCAAAUUACUUUCGAUAGGCGAAUAAACCGGUUCCGUUCUUCGUUGAAACAAUUUUUCUCUUGAGAUGGAAAGUAUUUUUAACAAACACAACACUCCUGUAACAAUACUCAAACGAAUGUAUCCUCGAAACGAUCCUCCACGAA